AUGGAUUACUCUUCGCUAAAGUAUAUAGCUCUUGGAAUUGGUGCUGCUACGACUGCAACAGCUCUGCGCUUGCAUCUCUACAACAAAUCUCUAUUCGCCGUGACUAUUGUGGAGUGCGACAUUAUCGAUUACGUAUUAGUCAGGAAGGCACUCGAUAACCGCUCUAUUCAGAUCAUCUAUCAUGUAGCGGCCGUCAGUCGCUUCAUGGAUGAGUUUCCGGAGCAGUUGCCCGUGUCGAUGACGGUUAAUGUGAAGGGGACAGAGAACGUUAUUGAAGCAUGCCGUGAAUUGUCUAUACCUACAUUGGUACAAACAUCCACUUCGUAUGUCUGUGUUGGAAAGGAUUUGAAUCCGGUCUUCUAUGAAAAUGAGAAUCUGCCAUACGCCACGAAACCAUUCAACAGUUAUGCUAAAACCAAAGCAUUGGCCGAACAGGCUACGUUCGCUGCAAACUGA